GCCGCCCACAAGAUGGAGGCGCACCAUCGCGGGUCAGGCAUUCACCGUGGACACCUCCUGUGGAGGUCAGAGGUCGGGGACGCCGAGGACCCCUGGCUUUCCCAAUAUGGCGGCGCCCAGUGGAGAGGUGAGCUGCGAGGAUUUCACGGAGUUUCAGGAAAUCCUCCGGGUCACGCGGACAAUAGACGACCGGAUCGUCCACGAGCUGAACACGACCGUCCCCACCGUGUCCUUCGCUGGAAAGAUCGAUGCCAGUCAGACGUGCAAGCAGCUGUACGAGUCGCUGCGCGCCGCGCACUACUCCCGGGAAAAGGCCAUAAAGAGCUGCAUAUCUCAGACGUCCUCUAAUGUGAACAGGUGUCAGGAGGAGAGAAAGAAGGAGCCCGACGACCUGACGGUGAUGAAGAGGCUCCGGAAAGAGCAGACGAAGUUGAAAUUGCUGCAGUCUGAGCUGAACGUGGAGGAAGUUGUGAACGACCGGAGCUGGAAGGUAUUUAACGAGCGCUGUCGGCUGCACUACAAGCCUCCGAAGGAGCAGUGACCUCAGGGACUGUGUGAUCGGGGAGCGCCCCGGGUGGUGCACGUCCUCCUGCCAAGCGUCCGAGAGGGAGAACCGGAUGACGUCUGUUGUGUCUCGUCUCUGAUUGGACGUAGCUGAAAAUGAGCGCAGCCCGUUUUCAGUGUGAAGAUGGGGGCGGCCGGUGCCGAGGGGGACAACAAGCUGCCAUUUUGUAUAAAAUCUGUAGUUUUAUUACAUUAAAUAUAAUUUUCAGAUGA